GUAAAAGUAUCCCGGAAGAUAAGUUCGUCGAUGAUGAUGUACUAAAUCAGGUGAGUUAAAGGCUGAGGACUACAGUUUUCCCUUAUUAAAUUCAAACCAAUUUCGUGUGGUCAUUGUUCAGAUGUGAAAUUUGUAUCCUAUGUAUUUAUGUUUAAUUGUAAUAUAUUCAUGAGAAUGGGGUGUAUACUGUGGCUAUGUUAUUAGCUAGCUAAUGCUAAAGACAGCGCUAACACUGUUGUUUUCUCCACUUGUUAUGCAAGCCUGUAUCAAUUCAAUAUUACCCCCAGUAUUAUAUAUACUAAUUGUACAUGUGUGUACGGAAACGGAACCUGCAUGUAUUGCUAAGCCAGUUGUAGCUAGCCAGUUUCAGUUUAUGUGUCAGCUAGCUAGCUGGUUAGCUAGCAAUCUACUGUCUGUAGCUAGUUAGCUAACGUUAUAUUUUUUUUAUAUACCCUAGUUUCUGUCCAGUUUUAGUACCAUUUCUAAUGCAGUGAUUUGUGUCGACUUGUUUUGAUAUGACUCUGUCUGAGUCAUAACUCAGUCAACUUGGUCACUUAUGUAAUGUGGCUGACGGUACACAGGCCAGAUCUCAGGAUUAAGUUGUUUGUCUGUAUGAGGGUAAUUUAGCCUAAUGUGUUCAGUGAGUCUUCAACCACAAUGCAAAUUGAUGCAUUCUAUGCUAAUCAAUACUGUAAAUAGGCCUACUCAGAAUCGGAUAAAUCAACAGCAUUUAUUGUUAUCUCUAACAGUCCAAUGAUUUGUGUUUACUUUAUUAGAGGGUGGGGCCUGCCAUCACAGUGACGAUCAAGUCUUGAUGAUUGACAAAAUCUAUCAUCUUUACCCUUUCCGUGCAUGUAUGCACUUGCGCUGACUUUUUACUGAAAACACUGUGUUGUGUUAAGUUUUCCUUGUGGGGUAUUUCCAUUUGAAUUCAACCACUUUUUGACAGCACCCCUUUUGAUUUUAACGAAACCUAUACAUAUUUGCCCAUGGUAGAAGUGGUCAGAAAUUACCCUUUUGGACCUGAAUGCCAAAACAUCCAAGAGAUAAAGGUGCUCAAAGUUGACCCAUUUUUGCAUACCCCACCAUACCAUGAGACAUCCAUAUCUUCAUCACUGGAAAAGAUAAACGGUUGAGAUUGAUAUCAUUUAAAAGCUUACAAACAGGGUAUUGGAAAGUUGAUAAGAUCAUCAGGCAAUCAUUUUGUAUGAUCUUCUGUCUAGAAUAGAACAUCAUCAUUGAUGAUGAUCAAAUCUAAUUUUAAUGGUUGCCUAUACACAUAAUUAGCAGAUGUCAGUGAAAUGCUUGUGUUCCUAGCUCCAACAGUGCAGUAAUAUCUAACAAUACAAACGAAUCAAAAGUAAAUGAAUGGAAUUAAGAAAUAUUAGGACGAGCCAUGUCAGAGUCCUGAGUAUAAAUAAAUAUAUGUGUGUUUGUGAUGGGAUGUAUAGACAGUAUGUGGAUAGAAUAUGUAGUAUAUCUGAUGAAUACGUAGGAUAGAAUAGUAUAUGUACAGCAAUAGUUGAAUAGGAUGGCCUUGACUAGAAUACUGUAUAUACAUAUGAAAUGGGUAAAACAGUAUGUAAACAUCAUUAAAGUGACCAGUGUUCCAUGUCUAUGUAUAUAGGGCAGCAGCCUCUAAGGUGCAGGGUUGAGUAACCGGGUGGUAGACGGCUAGUGACAGUGACUAUUUCAGGGCAGGGUGCUGGGUGGAGGCCGGCUAGUGAUGGCUAUUUAACAGUCUGAUGGCCUUGAGAUGGAAGCUGUUUUUCAGUCUCUCGGUCCCAGCUUUGAUGCACCUGUACUGAACUCGCCUUCUGGAUGAUAGCGUGGUGAACAGGCCGUGGCUCGGGUGGCUGAGGUCCUUGAUGAUCUUCUUGGCCUUCCUGUGACACCGGUGCUGUAGAUGUCCUGGAGGGUUGGCAGUGUGCCCCCGGUGAUGCGUUGGGCAGACCACACCACCCUCUGGAGAGCCCUGCGGUUGCGGACGGUGCAGUUGCCGUACCAGGCGGUGAUACAGCCCGACAGGAUGCUGUCAAUGGUGCACCCGUAAAAGUUUGUGAGGGUCUUAGGUUCCAAGCCAAAUGUCUUCAGCCUCCUGAGGUAAUAAUUAGUUAACAUUUACAUUUACAUUUCAAUGGUGUAUCAACUAAAUUGCAGUGCUCUGAAGGGAUAGGUCCAUUCUAUGAAUUCUAUUUCUAUGAUUGAAGUGACAUCCACCCUGUAUUCAAGAGCAUGUUGAGUCUCAACCGAUGGCGGGCAGAACACAAAAAUCUCAAAUGACGUGAAAUAGGGUCUAAGCUACAACAAACACUACAUGGCCAAAAGUAUGUGGGCACCCCUUCAAAUUAGUGGAUUUGGCAAUUUCAGCCACACCCAUUGCUGACAGGUGUAUACAGUUGAGCACAUAGCCAUGCAAUCUCCAUAGAAAAAACAUUGGCAAUAGAAUGGCCUGUACUGAAGAGCUCAGUGACUUUCAACGUGGCACCGUCAUAGGAUGCCACCUUUCCAACAAGUCAGUUUGUCAAAUUCCUGCCCUUCUAGAGCUGCCCUGGUCAACUGUAAGUGCUGUUAUUGUGAAGUGGAAAAGUCGAGGAGCAACAACGGCUCAGCUGCGAAGUGGUAGGCCACACAAGCUCACAGAACGGGACCGCUGAAGUGCCUAAAAUUUGUCUGUCCUCAGUUGCAACACUCGCUACCGAGUUCCAAACUGCCUCUGGAAGCAAAGUCAGCACAAUAACUGUUUGUCGGGAGCUUCAUGAAAUGGGUUUCCAUGGCCGAGCAGCUGCACACAAGCCUAAGAUCACCAUGCUCAAUGCCAAGCAUCGGCUGGAGUGGUGUAAUGCCUGCCGCCAUUGGACUCUGGAGCAGUGGAAAUGCGUUCUCUGGAGUGAUGAAUCACGCUUCACCAUCUGGCAGUCCGAUGGACGAAUCUGGGUUUGGCGGAUGCCAGGAGAAUGCUACCUGCCCCAAUGCAUAGUGCCAACUGUAAAGUUUGGUGGAGGAGGAAUAAUGGUCUGGGGCUGUUUUUCAUGGUUCGGGCUAGGCUCCUUAGUUCCAGUGAAGGGAAAUCUUAACGAUACAGCAUACAAUGACAUCCUAGAUGAUUCUGUGCUUCCAACUUUGUGGCAACAGUUUGGGGAAGGCCCUUUCCUGUUUCAUCAUGACAAUGCCUCCGUGCACAAAGCGAGGUCCAUACAGAAAUGGUUUAUUGAGAUCGGUGUGGAAGAACUUGAUAGGCCUGCACAGAGCCCUGACCUCAACCCCAUCGAACACCUUUGGGUUGAAUUGGAACGCAGACUGCGAGCCAGGCCUAAUCGCCCAACCUCACUAAUGCUCUUGUGGCUGAAUGGAAUCAAGUCCCAGCAGCAAUGUUCCAACAUCUAGUGGAAAGCCUUCCCAGAAGAGUGGACGCUGUUAUAGCAGCAAAGGGGGGGACCAACUCCAUAUUAAUGCCCAUGAUUUUGGAAUGAGAGAUGUUCGAUGAACAUGUGUCCACAUACUUUUGGCCAUGUAAUGUAUGAGUACAGUUGAAGUCGGAAGUUUACAUACACUUAGGUUGGAGUCAUUAACUCGUUUUUCAACCACUCUUCAAAUUUCUUGUCAACAAACUAUAGUUUUGGCAAGUUGGUUAGGACAUCUACUUUGUGCAUGACACAAGUAAUUUUUCCAACAAUUGUUUACAGACAGAUUAUUUCACUUAUAAUUCACUGUAUCACAAUUCCAGUGGGUCAGAAGUUUACAUACACUAAGUUGACUGUGCCUUUUAAACAGCUUGGAAAAUUCCAGAAAAUUAUGUCAUGGCUUUAGAAGCUUCUGAUAGGCUAAUUUACAUAAUUUGAGUCAAUUUGAGGUGUACCUGUGGAUGUAUUUCAAGGCCUACCUUCAAACUCAAUGCCUCUUUGCUUGACAUCAUGGGAAAAUGAAAAUAAAUCAGCCAAGACCUCAGGAAUUUUUUUGUAGACCUCCGCAAGUCUGGUUCAUCCUUGGGAGCAAUUUCCAAACGCCUGAAGGUACCACGUUCAUCUGUACAAAAAAUUGUACGCAAGUAUAAACACCAUGGGACCAUGCAGCCGUCAUACUGCUCAGGAAGGAGAAGCGUUCUCUCUCCUAGAGAUGAACGUACGUUAGUGCAGAAAGUGCAAAUCAAUCACAGAACAACAGCAAUGGACCUUGUCAAGAUGCUGGAGGAAACAGGUACAAAAGUAUCUAUAUCCACAGUAAAAUUAGUCCUAUAUCGACAUAACCUGAAAGGCCGCUCAGCAAGGAAGAAGCCACUGCUCCAAAACCGCCAUCAAAAAGCCAGACUACGGUUUGCAACUGCACAUGGGGACAAAGAUCGUACUUUUUGGAGAAAUGUACUCUGGUAUGAUGGAACAAAAAUAGAACUGUUUGGCCAUAAUGACCGUCGUUAUGUUUGGAGGAAAAAGGGGUCCGCUUGCAAGCCGAAGAACACCAUCCCAACCGUGAAGCAUGGGGGUGGCAGCAUCAUGCUGUGGGGGUGCUUUGCUGCAGGAGGGACUGGUGCACUUCACAAAAUAGAUGGCAUCAUGAGGAAGGAAAAUUAUGUGGAUAUAUUGAAGCAACAUCUCAAGACAUCAGUCAGGAAGUUAAAGCUUGGUCGCAAAUGGGUCUUCCAAAUGGACAAUGACCCCAAGCAUACUUCCAAAGUUGUGGCAAAAUGGCUUAAGGACAACAAAGUUAAGGUAUUGGAGUGGCCAUCACAAAGCCCUGACCUCAAUCCUAUAGAAAAGUUGUGGGCAGAACUGAAAAAGCGUGUGCGAGCAAGGAGGCCUACAAACCUGACUCAGUUACACCAGCUCUGUCAGGAGGAAUGGGGGGAGAAGCUUGUGGAAGGCUACCUGACACGUUUGACCCAAGUUAAACAAUUUAAAGGCAAUGUUACCAAAUACUAAUUGACUGUAUGUAAACUUCUGACCCACUGGGAAUGUGAUGAAAUAAAUAAAUCAUUCUCUCUACUAUUAUUCUGACAUUUCACAUUCUUAAAAUAAAGUGGUGAUCCUAACUGACCUAAGACAGGGCAUUUUUACUAGGAUUAAAUGUCAGGAAUUGUGGAAAACUGAGUUUAAAUGUAUUUGGCUAAGGUGUACAGUGAGGGAAAAAAGUAUUUGAUCCUCUGCUGAUUUUGUACGUUUGCCCACUGACAAAGACCUGAUCAGUCUAUAAUUUUAAUGGUAGGUUUAGUUGAACAGUGAGAGACAGAAUAACAACAAAAAAAUCCAGAAAAACGCAUGUCAAAAAUGUUAUAAAUUGAUUUGCAUUUUAAUUAGAGAAAUACGUAUUUGAUCCCUCUGCAAAACAUGACUUAGUACUUGGCUGCAAAGCCCUUGUUGGCAAUCACAGAGGUCAGACGUUUUUUGUAGUUGGCCACCAGGUUUGCACACAUCUCAGGAGGGAUUUUUUUUUUGUCCCACUCCUCUUUGCAGAUCUUCUCCAAGUCAUUAAGGUUUCGAGCCUGACGUUUGGCAACUCGAACCUUCAGCUCCCUCCACAGAUUUUCUAUGGGAUUAAGGUCUGGAGACUGGCUAGGCCACUCCAGGACCUUAAUGUGCUUCUUCUUGAGCCACUCCUUUGUUGCCUUGACUGUGUGUUUUGGGUAUUUGUCAUGCUGGAAUACCCAUCCACGACCCAUUUUCAAUGCCCUGGCUGAGGGAAGGAGGUUCUCACCCAAGAUUUGACGGUACAUGGCCCCGUCCAUCGUCCCUUUGAUGCGGUGAAGUUGUCCUGUCCCCUUACCAGAAAAACACCCCCAAAGCAUAACCACCUCCAUGUUUGACGGUGAGGAUGGUGUUCUUGGGGUCAUAGGCAGCAUUCCUCCUCCUCCAAACACGGCGAGUUGAGUUGAUGCCAAAGAGCUCGAUUUUGGUCUCAUCUGACCACAACACUUUCACCCAGUUCUUCUCUGAAUCAUUCAGAUGUUCAUUGGCAAACUUCAGUCGGGCCUGUAUAUUUGCUUUCUUGAGCAGGGGGACCUUGCGGGCGCUGCAGGAUUUCAGUCAUUCACGGCGUAGUGUGUUACCAAUAGUUUUCUUGGUGACAAUGGUCCCAGCUGCCUUGAGAUCAUUGACAAUAUCCUCCCGUGUAGUUCUGGGCUGAUUAUUCACCGUUCUCAUGAUCAUUGCAACUCCACGAGGUGAGAUCUUGCAUGGAGCCCCAGGCCGAGGGAGAUUGACAGUUCUUUUGUGUUUCUUCCAUUUGCGAAUAAUCGCACCAACUGUUGUCACCUUCUCACCAAGCUGCUUGGCGAUGGUCUUGUAGCCCAUUCCUGCCUUGUGUAGGUCUACAAUCUUGUCCCUGACAUUCUUGGAGAGAGUUUGGAAUCUGAUUGAUUGAUUGAUUGCUUCUGUGGACAGGUGUCUUUUUAUACAGGUAACAAACUGAGAUUAGGAGCACUCCCUUUAAGAGUGUGCUCCUAAUCUCGGCUCGUUACCUGUAUAAAAGACACCUGGGAGCCAGAAAUCUUUCUGAUUGAGAGGGGGUCAAAUACUUAUUUCCCUCAUUUAAAAUGCAAAUCAAUUUAUAACAUUUUUGACAUGCGUUUUUCUGGAUUUUUUUGUUGUUAUUCUGUCUCUCCCGAGUGGCGCAGUGGUCUAAGGCACUGCAUCGCAGUGCUAGCUGUGCCACUAGAGAUCCUGGUUCGAAUCCAGGCUCGUCCAGGGUAGGGGAGGGAAUGGCCGGCAGGGGAUGUAGCUCAGUUGGUAGAGCAUGGCGUUUGCAACGCCAGGGUUGUGGGUUCAAUAAAAUAAUGUAUGCGCUAACUGUAAGUCGCUCUGGAUAAGAGCGUCUGCUAAAUGACUAAAAUGUAAAUGUCUCUCACUGUUCAAAUAAACCUACCAUUAAAGUUAGAGACUGAUCAUUUCUUUGUCAGUGGGCAAAUGUACAAAAUCAGCAGGGGAUCAAAUACUUUUUUCCCUCACUAUGUAAACUUCCGACUUCAACUGUAUAUGAAGAAAUCAGCGUUUAAAAAUAACAUUUUAUGUAACUUUUUUUUUCAAGAAAUAGUAAAAUGGUUUGAAAACACUGUUUGUAAGCUUUUAAAUUAUAGCAAACGCAACCGUUUAUCUUUUCCAGUGAUGAAGACAUCAAUGUCUCUUGGUAUGGUGGGGUAUGCAAAAUGGGUCAACUUUGAGCACCUUCAUCUUCUGAAUGUUUUGGCAUUCAGUACCAAAAAGUCACUUUCUGACCUUUCUUACAUGGGCAAACAUGAAUGGAAAGUUUUGUUGAAAUGAAAAGGGAUGCUGUUAAAAAGUGAUUGAAUUCUAAUAUUUUUACCCUGUGAUGAUUUUUCUCUUCUUAUACCCCUAAACACUGGGCCAGUUUCCCAGACACAGAUACUCCAUUAAAAUAGCUUUUUAGUCAAGGACUAGGCUUAAUCUGCUUCUGGGAGACCAGCCGAACUCUUUCACUGGCCACACCUCACCAUUACUCCCCCUCUUUCUGUCCCAGGUGGAUCGACCCCUCUCUCAGUAGGAAUGCCGGGCGGAGUGGACAAUGGGGAGUUUAGGGGGAGCCUUCCUGCCAUCGCCUCUCUGAAUGCGUCCUACUCCACCUCUGUAUCCCUCCCCUCUCCCCACUACCUGGUGGUGCCCCCUGGGGAGAAGAAGGUCAUCUCGGACGUCCGUCGCACCUUUUGCCUCUUCGUCACAUUUGACCUCCUCUUCAUCUCCCUGCUGUGGAUCAUCGAGCUCAAUGUGAGGUCACCUGUUGUCAAUCUAUUUCUACUCUCUCAUCUAUUGUUGCUUUCUCUCAUGUCUCACUUGUUGGUCUCUGCCCCUUGUUUUAGACAAUUUUUUUCAGGAUCACUCUCCGUACUUGUUUUCACUGUUCUACAUUAUGUCCAUUGUGUAUAUUAAGAACACCUUCCUAAUAUUGAGUUGCAUUUUUAAUUUAACAAGUGACAUCAAUAAGGGAUCAUAGGUUUCACCUGGUCAGUCUUUCAUGGGUGUUCUUAAUGUUUUGUAUACUCGGUGUAUUGCUCUUCUUCUCUCUUUACCACUUCCUUUUAAAAAUGUCAACAAGAUUAUUAGUCAGAUUCCCAGCAGAGCUGUUAACAGUUAUAGGUUAAUAGGUUAUUUGCUCUCAGUGUGUGUCCGUUACUGUCUCUCAUCAUGUCAGCGUUCCCUGAUGAUGAUGGUAUGUAUGUAUGUAUGCAUGUAUGUAUGUUUUAGGAAGAGCUUGCCUCUGGCUGCAUGUUUUACAUAUGGUUCAACUCUUGCUUUGUCCCACUGCAGAUCAAUAACUCCAUUUGGCAGAGCCUUGAGCUGGAGGUUGUCAAGUACAACUUCCAGUCCUCCUUCUUUGACAUAUUUGUGAGUGUAAACGGUCAUGCUAUAAUUUGAAUAGGUCAGAAAGUCAUACGUUUUAAUGAACUGAACAUACUGUCAAGGUUAUUCACAUGCCGAUGCUUGCCUUUAUUGAAAGCAAAGUCAACAUGGCCAGCUCUCAUGAUCAGAUACGGAAAUAACGGAAGUUUUGCUCUCUUCUUGUUUGGCUUUUUCCUCCACCAUAGCUCCUUGCCUUGUUUCGUUUCCUGUGUCUCCAGUUGGGCUAUGCUGCCUUGCGCCUGAGGCACUGGUGGGUCAUUGCGGUAAGAGAGCUCCUUGAGACAGACUGGUACCUAGAUGGACUGGUGGUCAUAUGUGGUGUUCUGACUGCUCCCACCCAAUGCCAGCUGUGAAAGCUCAUGUUUUUAACAGUGUUUCAUUCUCAUAGAUCACCACUCUAGUGACCAGCUCCUUCCUUGUAGCCAAAGUCAUCCUCUCCAAUGUGAGUGCCUCCCCCUCUCCUCUCAUACCAGAAACAGUUUUGACUGAGCUCAACAGUUGUCUGUUUUCUGAGCCACUUCACAUUUUCACUUAAUUAGAACAUUAAUGUACUGUCAGUUUGUCUGCAGUUAACCUUUACUGUGUAUUCAGCAUGGUGGGGAUUAUACAUUCAAAUCUAUUAGGAUCUGAGUUAAGCCUUUCUUCUAUCCUGUGUCUACACGCCUGCACCCACACACCCCUACAAUCUCUUUGCUAUUUAUUUUUAACAAAGGGGAAGGUGACAAAAUGUUGCUUUUGUCAAGAUACUGCUCAGCAUCAUGUCUCAGAAAUGGCAGAAGUAGUAGUGUUUAUUCAAAUGGCUGUCUACACAAGUGUAUGGCUGAGUCCCAAAUGCCACCCUUUCCUCUAUAGUGCACUACUUUUGACCAGACCCCUAUGGACCCUGGUCAAAAGUAGUGCACUAAAUAGGGAAUAGGGUGCCAUUUGGGAUGUAGCCUAUAUAUACCAUUUGUCUCAGACUGACAUGUCAUUCCUCACACAGCUGCUAUCCCAGAAUGCCUUUGGCUACGUGUUGCCCAUCACAUCCUUUGUGGUGGCGUGGCUGGAGACGUGGUUCCUGGACUUCAAGGUGCUCUCCGUAGAGGCUGGUGAUGAGAGAGGUGAGUCACAGAGAGAUGGAUACAUUUCAAUGGGAUCAACGGAAACUCCUGGACAUGUUUGUUCAGUCAUUUUGCCAGAUAGGACAUGAAUAUGCAAAAGAUAAAGGAAAUCCCCUCAGAAGGAGGAAGUGGGUUGUAGUUGAGGGACAGAAGUAGGGAUGGAAUGAUGCAUUGGAUAAUGGAAUGGACAAAGAGGAGAGGAAGAUAUGUGGUCUUUUACUUCUCUCUUUAUGGUCUCUGUCUCACUCAGCCUACCUAGCAGCAGUGAACGCAGCGUCGGAGCGAGCUCCCAUGAUCUACCCUCGCGCUGUGUCUGAAGGACAGUUCUACUCUCCACCUGAAUCCCUUGCAGGUACCACACUACAUCUCCAUUUCUCUCUCUCCUUGUAAUUCUCAAUGUCUGUCUCUGUAUCUUCCAUGUCUGCUGUAUCUCUUUCUCUUUGUUUCACCUCUGCACAGUCUCUUACCUAACUGUAAUCUCCAUGCUACCUGUGUGUGUGGUUGUGUUAUGAUGGCCAGGGUCUGAGGAGGACUGGGAUGAGGAGGGGCUGGGUCGCAGGGCAGUCUCCCACCAGGAGAAGGAGCUGGUGAGGCAGGGUAAAGAGGCCAUGGCUGUGGUGGAACAGAUCCUGGCCCAGGAGGAGAACUGGAAGUUUCAGAAGAACAAUGUAAGUGGCUCAAGUUCAGGGGUGUCAAACUCAUUCCGUGAAGGGCUGAGUGUCUACUGGUUUUUGUUAUUUCCUUUCAAUUUGUGUCCAGUUAAGACCUAGACAACCAGGUGAGGGGAGUUCCUAACUAAUCAGUGACCUUCAUUGGUCAAUCAAGUAUGAGGGAGGAGGGAAAACCAGCAGACACUCGGCCCUCCAUGGAAUGAGUGACACUUGUGCUCUAGUUGCUUCUGGUUAGCUACUUGGUGUUGUACGCUGUUAGUCUGUGGUGUGGACACGAGGGUUUGAUAAUGACCGAUUUACUGGAUGUUGCUAAAAUUACGUUGUUUCUCCUUUUGUCAGGACGCGGGGGAUUCUGUGUACACACUGGAGAUCCCCUUCCAUGGAAAGACCUUCAUUCUCAAGGUACACUGUCAUUACUGUUUAAUUUUGUGUAUGGUCUUUGCUUUCAUAACAUGUGGCUUGUCUGGUGUAAGUAUUUGGGACAUUGGGCUAUAUAUCGUAUAUUUGUGGUCUUCCUGGACGGUUUGAUAGGUUUGGAUUUAUACCUAUUGGUUUGUGUGUGGUGUAUUUCCCAGGCCUUUAUGCAGUGUCCAGCAGAGCUGGUGUACCAGGAGGUGAUCUUACAGCCAGAGAAGAUGGUCCAUUGGAACAAAACUGUUUCUGGCUGCCAGGUAACCUGCACUAUCCUCUCUCCUCUUUCUCAUGACUGGUCAUCAGACAAACAGGCUUAACCUAAUACAGUGAACCUACUGUGAAAACUGUUUUAUUAUGAUUCAGAUAAGUUGUUGUGGCCUGUACGAUGCCAAAGGGUGACGUUGCUCUUCAUUUGUUCCUUUAGAUCCUCCAGAGGGUUGAUGACAACACGCUGGUGUCGUACGAUGUCUCUUCCGGGGCAGCAGGGGGGGUAGUGUCUGCCAGGUAACUCAACACAACAUGGACUACCUCGAAUAUGGCAGCCACCCUGUUCCCUAUGUAGUGCACUUCUCUUGCGGGCCUGGUCAAAAGUAGUACAUUAUAUAGGGUGCCAUUUAUAUAGGGUGCCAACCCUCGUUUUGUCCAUGUAAAAGUAAUUAAUGUCCUUGUCUCCCUCAGAGACUUUGUGAAUGUGCGGCGGGUGGAACGCAAACGAGACUGCUACAUCUCUGCUGGCAUGGCAACCGACCAUGACGCCAAGCCUCCGCACAGUCGCUAUGUCAGGUCUGGCCUUGCCUCUAGACAGCCUCAUUUCACUGGGAACAAUACUGAAAGCAAAUCAUGUCAACCAGACCAUUCAUGCUAGUUAAUUAGCCGGUAUGUGAUACUACCAUCCCUCUCCUCUAACUCUCUCUUCUCCUCUCCUCCCUACCAUCCAUCCCUCUCUCUUCUCUUCCCUAGAGGUGAGAAUGGUCCAGGAGGGUUUGUGGUCCUGAAGUCCAGCAGUAACCCCUCGGUUUGUACCUUUAUCUGGGUGCUCAACACAGACCUCAAGGUAAGAGCACACUGUUAUGGAGGCUUCAAUAUCCUGACCUAGUGAGAUAUACAUGGCGGAGACUCAAUCAAGCUAGUCGUCUUGACUUCUUUCUUAUGUCAUUCUCGUUGGCACCAAAAGUUACAAAAGUGUUGAUAGGGGACAGAAUGCGGUCGGACCAUCAUAUAAUUGUCGCAUACAUUACACUUACCGAAUUUCCACGUGGACGAGGAUAUUGGAAAUGUAAUCAAAGCCUAUUGGAUGAUAACUUGUUUUUAACUAGGACAGAGGAAUUUAUGAUUUUUUCCGACAUAACAUACGUACAGAAAAUCCCCUUAUUGUAUUGGACACUUUUAAAUGUGCCUUUAGGAGGCCAUGGAAUUCAGUACUCAUCUCGAAAACAAAAGCAAUUUAGGUUAAAAGAGUCCAUACUAACAAAGGAAAUAGAAGGUCUAACAGAACAGAUAGAUGGCAAUAUAAACUGUAACAUAGAGGCUCAGAAUAAAUUAGAGGAAAAACAAAAAGAAAUGGAGAAACUUAUUCAAGAAAGAUCAAGUGUAAUAUAUUAUAGAAAUAAAACAAACUGGAUGGAAUAUGGGGGAAAAUGCACAAAAUUAUUUUUUAAUCUUCAACAUAGAAAUGCUAACAAAAAUAAUUGAAACUGGUUACAAAUGACGGAGUCACCCAUGAUUCACCAAAUGAUAUGUUGAAGGAGGAAGCAAAGUACUUUAAGCAUAUGUUUUCGUUUCAGUUGCCUCCAUCUCCUCUAACUGAAGCUAAUUUUAGGGAUUUUUUUUCUAUUGAUAAUGUAAAAUUAACAGCCGUACAGAAAGAAUCAUGUGAAGGUGAAAUUACAGAGGAGGAAAUUCUGGAUGCAAUUAAAGACUUUAAGUCCGGGAAAACUCCAGGGUUGGAUGACAUACCAGUCGAGGUAUACCAAACCUUUUUUGAUAUACUCAGAGGACCGUUAUUAGCAUGUUUUAACCACUCCUAUGUAAAUGGUAGAUUAUCAGACACUCAACAAGAAGGUCUGAUUUCAUUAUUACUGAAACAGUAUACAAGUGGGAAAUAUAAAGAUCCAGUCCAUUUAAAAAAAAUUGGAGGCCCCUUACACUUCAGUGUUGUGAUGCAAACAUUCUAGGAAAAUGUAUAGCGCAUUGAAUUAAAAAGGUAUUGUCAGACAUUAUUCAUUCUAAUCAGACAGGUUUUUUACAUGGACGAUACAUUGGAGAUAAUAUAAGGCAAGUAUUGGAAACAAUAGAACACUAUGAAACAUCUGGGAAACCAGGCCUGCUAGACUUUGAAAAGGCAUUUGAUAAAGUACAACUGGAGUUUAUAUAUAAAUGCCUGGAGCAUUUCAAUUUUGGAGAAUCUCUUAUAAAAUGGAUUAAAAUAAUGUAUAGUAACCCUAGGUAUAAAAUAGUAAAUAAUGGCUAUUUCUCCGAAGGUUUUAAACUGUCAAGAGGAGUAAAACAAGGUUGUCCAUAUUAUCGGCAUAUAUAUUUAUUAUAGCCAUCGAAAUGUUAGCUAUUAAAAUCAGAUCCAGCAAUAAUAUCAAGGGAUUAGAAAUCCAGGGCUUAAAAACAAAGGUGCCAUUGUACGCUGAUGAUUGAUGUUUUCUUUUAAAUCCACAACUUGAAUCCCUCCACAGCCUCAUAGAGGAUCUAGAUACAUUUUCUAACCUCUCUGGAUUACAACCAAAUUAUGAUAAAUGUACUAUAUUACGUAUUGGAUCACUAAAAUAUAAAACAUUUGCAUUACCAUGUAGUUUACCAAUAAAAUGGUCUGAUGGUGAUGUGGAUAUACUCGGAAUACAUAUCCCAAAUGAAAUAAAUGAUCUCACUCCAAUACAUUUUAAUAGAAAGUUAGCAAAAAUAGAUAAGAUCUUGCUACCAUGGAAAUGUAAAUACCUGUCUAUUUGUGGAAAGAUCACCCUUAUUAACUCUUUAGUGUUUACCUAUUUGCUUAUGGUCUUGCCUACGCCUAUCGAACAGUUUUUUUAAAAAUUAUAUGAGAAAAAAAUAUUCCAUUUUAUUUGGAACGGCAAGUCAGACAAAAUUAAACGGGCCUAUUUAUAUAAUGAAUAUGAAUUCGGAGGACAGAAAUGAUUAAAUAUUAAAGCAUUAGACCUAUCACUAAAAGCUUCAGUCAUACAAAAGUUAUACUUAAAUCCGAACUGGUUCUCUAGCAAAUUAGUAAGAUUGUCUCACCCCAUGUUCAAGAAUGGCCUUUUUCCCUUUAUUCAGAUUACAACCUCUCACUUUCAGUUAUUUGAAAAGGAAAUAAUCUCCCAAAUAUCACUAUUUCUAAAACAAGCCAUAGAAAGUUGGUUGCAAUUUCAAUUGAAUCCUCCAGAAAUGACAGAACAAAUAAUGCAACAAAUAUUGUGGUUAAACUCAAAUAUACUUAUUGAUAAAAAAACAUUAUUUUUUGAAAAAAUGUUUUUAGAAAGGUAUAGUCUUCGUAAAUGAUAUCAUAGGUAGGACUGGUGGAGUUAUGUCGCACAUGCAGCUAACAAAAACAUAUGGAAAUGUCUGCUCUACCCAAAAUUACAACCAAAUAAUUGCAGCAUUACCGCAAAAAUGGAAGAGGAAGGUGGAAAAAGUAAGGAACUUGUCUGUCGGCCCUGCAUUAAGGAACAUAAUUGGUUAAAGAAAAUUGUGAUAAAUAAAAAAGUAUACCAGUUUCAUUUAAGGACCAAAGGAUUGACAGCCGUCCCAUAUAGAUUGCAAAAUAGUUGGGAAGAGAUUUUUGACGUACCGAUUCCAUGGCAUAGUGUUUAUGAACUGAUACGCAAAACAACGCCGGAUUCAAAACUUAGAAUUGUUCAAUUUAAAUUACUAUACAAAAUUAUUGCUACCAAUAGAAUGUUAUUUAUAUGGGGGAGACAAUCUUCCCAGCUCUGCAGAUUUUGCUGCGAAGAGACAGAAUCAUUAGAUCAUUUGUUUUGGUACUGUCCAUUUGUAGCUUGUUUUUGGACACAGGUCCAGGAAUGGCUAAAGGAUUGCAAUAUUUACCUGGAGCUAACCCUGCAGAUAGCAAUUCUGGGUGAUCUGAAAAGUCAUAGUCAAUCGAUCAAUAAUAUAAUAAUACUUUUAGCAAAAAAAUAUAUUUUCAAUUUACAAACAGUAGAAACUAUGAGAAUAGAAGGGUUCAGAGCUUUUGUGAAACAUCACAGUACAGUUGAAAAAUAUAUGGCAAAUAGAAAUCCAAGAUGGGUGGUGUUGAAUGGAGCUGAAGGAUGGGACUAAUAACAACUAACAACAACUAAUAACAACAAGAUAACUAAUGUAAAGCAUACUGUGUCCAUAAUAAGUAUAUAGGUUAUAGGCUGAGAGCUUUUGUGAAAGAGCACAGUUAGAAAGAUAAGGCAUAUAGAAGCAAACCGGAUGGACAUCAUGAAAAUGAUCGGAGAGUUUGAGGGUAGAGGAAGUUCAGGAGUAAAAACAAACAAAAUAGAAUUAUUGUAAAAUUGACUGUGUCCAUAAAAUGUAUAUAGUAUGUAUAAGCUGGAAGUAGAGGCCUAAGCAUUGUUUUUCACUAGUUUACUCCAAUUAGGGAAGGGGUCGUGUGGUUGGAAAGUAAUAAAUGGAAAUAUAUAUUUUUAAAGGAUAUGUGUAUGUAUGUAAAAAAAAUAAAAAAAACACUUAAGAAUGGUUUGUUUGUGCUUGUUGCUUUGAUAGAUUGUCUGUCAGCUGGAGAAGCAGAAUAACUUUCAUGUCUGAUCUUGUUUUGUCUCAGGGUCGACUGCCCCGCUACCUUAUCCACCAGAGUCUGGCUGCCACCAUGUUUGAGUUCAUGGCCCAUCUACGCCAACGCAUUGCUGACCUACGGUCCACUCGCUAGAUGCCCUUUCACUUACUUCCUGUAGGGAAGCUGAAUGCCUGCAAUCCACAGCGCCACCACAGGUUUGAAGGCGUCACUGCAGAUUUUUGGGAACACCUACAGUUGGAAGUGCACCUGAGAUUAUGGUGGAUAUCAAACUUACUUAGACUAGAUGAAAGUCAACAGCAUAGAGGAUGGGAGACUGGUAUGUCUGCACUUUUACCGGUCUUUUAGACGUGAGGAGGUCUGGGGCUGUCGGAGGAGACCUUCCUCCUCUCCCAUAGACUCCAUGUUGUUUUUAAACAGUUACACACAUUUUUAUGUAACUUUUCUGCUGUUUCUCUCACUGUGACGCCAGUGCUGGCUGCAACUCCCUCCAGCCAAGAAGUCUAACAGAGUUGAAAGUGUAAUGGAGUUCGGACUGUGCUUGACGAGACUUGAUGAAGGUGGACGUCUUUUUGACUGCGUAGGAAGAACUGGUACAAUGACUGGGUUUGCUGCAUCAAACCGCUAACUCUAACUCUGAGCCUUAUUCUACUGUACAUUUAUAUUAGCCAUUGACUGGCUGUUUUUGCUUUUUUCUUGUUAUUUUUCCACUGUCUUCACCGUGUUUCUCUGGUAACCGGGGAAACAGCUACACAUGACCACAUCUUAAACAUAAAUGGAACUGUUGGAACACAAUGAACCCAUAGUGUGUCCCUUUUUUCCUCGUUGACCCUCACUGCACUGUGAUCCAUGGAAGCAGACUGUAGGGGUGAUGUGGUCCUCCAGCCACUAGAGGGCGACACCACCACUGAUCUACUGACAACAGGAGACAACCUACUUAAUGGAGCUCAAGAUGGAUGGUUUGAUGAGUUAUCGGUCGCUCAUGGGUUCAUAAAGAGAUUCAGAAACUCUACUCCUCUGUGCCAAGCCUUUAGUGGCCUUUUUAGCUAGAGGGAAUCUAACUGCCCUUAAUGAUGGUUGAUCUAAAUUGUAACUGUAUUGGUAAAUGUAUCGCAGCCUUCUGAAAUAAGCCUUUACUGCAGACAUACUGUAGUUGGAAAAGUGGCAGUAAAUGAAUUAUGUGAUUCUGUAUGUUUAACAUUUAUCAUUGUGGUGGAUGCAACAUUUUAGGAUCAUUGAAAUUGGCUAUAAUUGGAGUUCACUGAUUCUCUACUGUCUGUAUGUAACAAAAAAAUAACAGCUCCUCAAUGUCAAAGCAUGCUGCCUCACAUAUCACAACCUUCAGCAUGCUGUGUGCAUGUUGAUG